GCUUCCCUCCAUCUCCGCUACUCUUCCUCCAGUUCUUGAUCCCGACAUCUUUCCCUCACCUUCACCUCAUCAUCCUCAUCCUCACUGCCUUCGAGGCAACAUUCUUUCCCUGCUGCUCAUGUCACCGUGGUGAAUUCGUUACUUUAGAUAUCCUCUUCCGUCGGAGAAAGGGAGUCUGCAGCCCCAAGUACAUCACCCCCCCUUCCAUCCACUGCUGGCGAAACCAAAAAACCCCCCAACUCGACUUGCCAUGACAAUGUGACGUCCUGCCUACCUGCGCCCCAUCACCCGCCUACGAGAAUAAUAUACGCAGCUCAGCCACCCAACCCGACAACCUCUUUCCUUCCUUUCUCGACCAUUCAAUUCAACUGCACCCGCUCUCCCCUUUCUGCUACACCUUCCGAGCCGAACUGGAGCAUGCAAGGUGCGAGUGCGACCGUCCUACAACGCAACCACUUCGCAUGACCCGAGAAAAAGAGAGACCCACGAUGCCUUCGCUCAAGGUCCCGGAAACCGGCCUCAUUCUUGAGAGCUCGGCCGCCUCGGGCAACCCUGUACCUCCACAGGCCUUCACCAUCAACCUCUCCGACAAUGUUCUUGAGGACAUGAUCAAGUGCGUUCAGAGUGGUGAGGACCUCCAGUUAGCCCUGGGGAGCAGCCCGAUGUUGCUCUACGGAUCUAGCUCCCAUACCCUUUCUCCGAUCCGCGAUCCCUUCUCUCACGACCUCUUCCUUACGAAACCCUUUGAAUCAACGAAACGAGCUACGCGGUUACCACAAACCUCUUCACUGUGGAAGAAGCUACCCGGCCCCGAUGUCCCCAAAAAGACCGAGCAAGUCAAAGCGAAGGGCGCCCCUUCGACUUCGUCGUCCGGCAUGGACUCGGAUAUAGAGAAUCUGCAGAACUCCAUCGCCGCGGCGACUGCGUCGAAGAAGCAGUCGCGGGUCAUGGAUAGGUUAGCACCGGCGAACAACAAGAAGGCCACGGGGAAGACGGCCAAGUCGAAGCUACUGUCAAGUAUGGCAUCUUACGGCAACGGAGGCGGCAAAUCCUCGCCAUCGGGAUCACCGGCUCUGGUAGCCGUCAGCUCGCCGUCAACAAACCCUGUCUUCUCGUCGUCUCAACAGGUUGUCGAGAAAUUCAAGGAGCAGAGGUCGAUGAUCGUCCACGAGCUGGCGGUACAGGAACGGCCCUACGAUUAUUUGGAAAGCCUCUGGGAGGGCAAAGAGGAAGACUUCAGGCCCGCCCUGGAGAAGGUGGCUCAGUUCGAGCCGGACACGCAAAUGUGGGCGUUGCGAAAAAAUUACUGGAGAGAGUUGGAUGUGUGGAAAUACGAUUAUGAUACCCAAGAUACCCGGCAGAAGGCGAUCGACAACGCGAUCCGACAGUUCGACAAGAUGCGGCUGGCAACAACGGAGAUUGAGUGGCAGAAGCUCCUACCGAGGGAAGAACGAGGAAAGGGUAAGAUCCUCAGCAAGCUGCAGGCGAACAUUGCCAAAGCUUCUUCGGCUGCACCGCCACCCAAGAUCAAGGUCAGUGACGCAACAAGCGACAACGGCGACGAGGAUGUCCUCAAGACAAAGGGCGGUGAAACAAUGUCACGGUCGUCGUCGAACCCGCUACCCGCGAAACCUAAGAAGGCCGCCGACUCCCAGGUCAAGCGCCUCUUGUCGACGAACAAAAAAGCUAUCACGCCCAAGGCUGCACCGAGCAAGACUAAAGAGAGAGCACCCGCCUCCAGCAAGAACGGCCGCGUUCUUUCUGCAGAGUUUGUGACCAACUCAGACUCGGACUCCGAGUCUUCAGAGGACAAGCCCAUGGCAACCAUCGUGGCUUCCAAGGCUAGACCCACACCUUCGGCCACGCCUGUCCUCAAGAAGAAGGCUGAGGCACCUGCACCAAAGCCAAAGAUUGCCGUACCCAAGCCAAAGCCCAGGCCGGUCGACAAGCCGGCGGAGCGACCAGUGGAGAGAUCGACUGAGCGACCUAGGGACAAGUCUCCUCAGCCUCGGCGGGAAGCCGUUAAGACGGCCAAGUCACAGCCACCUAAGCGUGAGCGGGAAGAAGAAGCAGACGACAGCAGCUCCAGCUCUGGCGCUCCCCUGGCCAAGCGCGCGAAACCCAAGGCGCCGAUCAAGGCACCCGUCAGCCUCAAGCAACGCCCCGCAGAUGUCUCUCUUGCUUCAUCCCGCAACUCGUCUGGCGUCUCUUACAAGAGCAAGAACACAUCACCGGCCAAAUCUUCGCCAUUGGCUUCGUCACCGCCAACGAAUGCAUCGGAGCUUGAACACUCAGCACCGCCCAAGAAGCGCAAAGUCAUGGAAUCGUCCGACUCCACCGAGAGCGCCCGGACCAAGCCAGCCCCCAAGCGUCAACGCGGACUCAGCCCCGACCUGGUCACCAAGGCCGCGCGUUUCAAGGCAUUCUAUGAAAAGUAUGAGACACUGCACUGGGAGAUCGCCGACAUGCGCAACCCGCCCCAAGAGAAGAUGCACGAUCUCCUCGAGAUGCGCGAGCGGCUGAAAACGAUGAAGACGGAGAUAUACAAGGAAUGCCCGCCUGCAAUUGCAGUCGCUUAGAAGGUGACCAAGGACGGACGCCCAAAACUGCUCGACGAGAUCCAUGGAUCGACAACGAUUACGGCCAAGAAGGGUACGGCGAAAAGAGAGAUAUUAUGAUACCGGGGUUGGUGGUUUUCUUUCACAAGCGAUUAAUUCUUGGGAACAUCUCGCCGAAAUCCUGGAUAGGACGGCCGCAUGAAAGCAUUAGCAACAGCGAAAUCAUUUUCCUCCUCUUUCCUUUUUAGUUAUUUUUUAUGUGUGUGUGACCGGGACGGCAUCCAACAAAAGGGACGGAAUGGUCAUCGCCGACCAGCAUAUAGGACUGCAUGGACUUUUAGGGAAAACCCCCAACUGGAGCAUCAUGGACAUGGGCCAGAGCUUCCCGUCUUUGGAGAUACUCCUCCCUCGUCCACCGUUUGCUUGUUUUUUUCUUUCUGCCUUAUCAAACUUUUGUUUUGAUACCAGAUGGUAGUCAACUACAGAGAGACACAUACAAAUGAAGUGAAAAUUGAUCUUGAAGA